AUGCUGGUCACAUUACAAGUGCGUUACUUCGUAUCUGAAUCAGCCGUUAAUUACGUUGCUAAUUCGUUAUCCAAUGUUUUUGAAUUUGCUGCAUUAAAUCCGUCUAACUUGAACAUUACAUCAUUCUUACUCCAAGACUUGGUUAAACCGAAUGUUAGAUUACGUAAAGCAAAUGAAUAUUUUGGUUAUAUUGAGCCAGUUCCAAGAAACUAUGUGGUUACUAAUGAAACGAAAAUAAAUGGACAAGAUGUGAAAGAAGACAAAAUUAUCAAGUAUUGCUACAUUCCAUUUUACAAAAGCUUGGCUAAUUUUUUACAACUUCCAGAAGUGCAGAUGGAUUUAGAUCGUCGAUUGCCUAUUCAUGAUCCUGCGAAUAUACAUGAUUUUUACGGUGGUUCUUUUUGUAUCAAUCAUCCCGAUUUUAAAAGAGAAAAUUAUUUGAAAAUUGAAUUAAACAGCGAUGAUCUCAACGUCAGCAUUGAAAUUGAUGUCAACGGAAGAAAAAAACGUUAUUUUGGUAGUUUAUUUUUCACACUGGGAGAUUUUCCAGCGUCAACAUCUUUACAUGGGUUCAAAGAAAGUGUAUCAGCACAACAUUUUUGCCCAUGUUGUGAUGUCACAAGAAAUUGUUUUGAACGUGAUAUUGAUUAUGAAUUUCCUUGUAUUACAUUGGAGGAAUAUCGAACAAGAUGUCAGGCAUUAGAAGAAUUAGAUAAAUACAACUCAUCAUUCGAAUAUAAGAACGAAGCCGCAAACAAACCACAUUUGGAUCUUGAUAUUGCUGCUUUACGUGCAAGAUCAGAUGAUUUGCCGUUGUCUAGCAUGCAAACAUAUGUUUUAUUAUUUAAUUUACCAUUGAUAUUGAGACCAGUAUUACAAAAUACUGAUUUUCCACAUUAUCGAGCAACUUUAUCGUUGUUAGACAUCACGGAUUUGUGUUUUGCGACCGAUAUCCGACAUGAUACACCGAAUUUAUUGAAAAGUUGGAUAUGGUUCCAUAACACACAAUUUAAAAUACUUUAUCCUGGUAAAAUGAAACCAAAACUUCAUUUUUUGACACAUCUUCCGAGGCAAAUGGUAUGGUUUGGACCGCUAAGGUACACAAAUUGUCUUGCAUCAGAACGAAAGCAUCAGUUUUUUAAGUCCAAUAAAUCGAGAAAUUUUUUGAAUUUAACACGGACAUUUUCAAAAAGACACGAAUUAUGGUGUGCAAUCGUCGACUACAACAGUGAUUCUUCAUUAUCAAACAAAGUAUUAAGUGAUCCCGAUGAACGUCUGAUUAGCAAAACAAAACUCUGCGAUUUACAAAUAUUAGACAAUCUUCAGUUGCCUAUGAUUCCAACGGCUGUUUUGAAGUCAACAAUUAUUGAUGGAAUUGAAUAUUGUGAAAAAGCUGUCAUAUGUAUAUCUGCACAAAGCGUAUCAUCGGAUCCAAAAUUUGCUGAAAUAAAAUAUAUUUUAUCACAUAACAAUCAAAUAUUAUUCAUUUAUAAUGAACUCGAUAAAAUAUUAUUUGAUGAAAACUUACGUGCAUUCCAAGUAGUUAAAACAAAUCGAAUUAAUUAUUGUUUAGUAGAUAAGUUGGAAUAUAAAUGGACUGCUAAAACAUUAUCGGAUACCAAUUCAAUGUGGGUUUUACUUCACCCAUACGGACUUACAUUUUCAACGAUACCACCAAUAAAUUAG